UAAAGCGACGUGUCCUUGUCCCCCGUGGGCAGCCUCUGCUCGUACGGCCUCGGAUCCCCAGCUGGAAGGGCCUCUCCCAGCCACCACCUCCUGGGAAAACCAGCCUGGAGCUAUGAAGACCAAGAACCGGCCCCCUCGGCGCCGGACACCCAUGCAGGACACAGAAGCCACCUCAGGAGAGCAGACGCCCGACAGACCCCAGUCAGGUUCAGGGGGGUCGGAGCUGACAAAGGGUCUUCGGAGCAGGACAGCCCGUGCAAGCGGCACUCGGGGAGAGGUCAGCCGCCGGCGACAGGGGUCCGGCGGCCGCAGGGAGAACAGCGUUCAGAGGCGACUGGAGAGCAAUGAGCGGGAAAGGCAGCGGAUGCACAAACUCAACAACGCCUUCCAGGCGCUGCGCGAGGUCAUCCCGCACGUGCGGGCUGACAAGAAGCUGUCCAAGAUUGAGACCCUCACACUGGCCAAGAACUAUAUCAAGUCGCUGACGGCCACCAUACUUACUAUGUCCAGCAGUCGUCUCCCCGGGCUGGAGGCACCAGGUCCUGCGCCGGGCCCUAAACUAUACCAGCACUACCAGCAGCAGCAGCAGCAGCAGCAGCAGCAGCAGCAGCAGCAGCAACAGCAGCAGCAGCAGGUGGCUGGGGCCAUGCUUGGUGUCACUGAGGGCCAGCCCCAAGGCCACCUGCAACGGUAUUCUACACAGAUCCACAGCUUCAGAGAGGGGAGCUAGCUCACGCUUCAGGCUCUGGGGGUGGGUUGGCAGUGCCAGCCCGGCCUGCUCAUCUCAGCUGUGCCACAAGCCCCGGACUGGUAAUGACACUAUUGAGGACCUUGAGGGGAUUUUGUUGUUGAUGAAAGUUCUCUCUCUCUCUCUUGUGGCCCAAGCUGGCCUUGAACUCCUGCUCCUCCUCGCCUCCAGCUUCUCUAGGGCUGGGAUUACAGGCAAACAUCAUGACCGGGUGCCACGCUGGGGACCGAGCUAAGGGCUGUGUGUGUGCUAAGCAAGCUCUCCAACUGAGCAGCAUCCCCAGCCCAAGGUUGACUCCAGUGACUCCAUUUUCCUUGAAAGUCAGCUCAGAUACCAGCAUGUGGCAGUUUUUCCUAGCCACCCAGGGGACAAGAGAGAGAGAUCUGGGCCUUCAAGGCAUACAUACUGAGGCCCAGAUCUCCAGAGGAAGCCUACUUGUCCUUGCUGUCUUUGACAGAGGAUGGCCAGGGAGGGAGAGUUCUCGCCUUCCUUACAAUUCAUGUGCGGGGGCUAAGGGUUGACUCCAGGAAAAAAACUUGACUUACAAAUGUCCCUGCUACUGCUGAGCCUAAGAUCCAUCCCAUAUUGUGGGACUACGGGGAAACUGGACCCGAAGUGCCACUCAGUCCCCUCGGGGGAAUAUACAGUAAAGCCAAGAUGGCGUCUCUCUCUUUUUUUUUUUUUUUUAAAUAGCAUUGCCCUGGGCCCAACUCAACAACUGGAGUUAGAAAGGCCUAGCCAGGCCCAAUCCCAUAGGACUUUAAAAGAAAGCUCGCUCACUCCUGCCCUCUCUCCCACUCCCUCCAAUAGACUUCUUGAAAAGCCAUAGUGUCCUAGUCUGUGGCUGACUAAAACUACAACCUUACAGCCUAACCCUAGGAUCUGAGGCCCUGUGUGGAGACCUUUAUGGCAAGGCCUUUAUGAAGAGGACCCUUGAGCCUCUUCUGUACCAGGAGAGACUUGUCCUGGGCCUCCUGCAGAAUUCCCACCGUGCCCCCAUGCUUGGCAUGUCACGUUCUUCUUGGUUGAGCCCCUGAAGUACGGUUGCCAUGUGUUUCUUCACAAGCCGUUGGUACCUUUGGUGUUUUCUCUGAGCUAGAGUGACAGGCACGUCCCUCCCCCAACCUGCUCAUUAAUAAGGAGGGCUGGGUGGUUGGAGGCCUGGUGGCCUCCAGCCCAGCUUCCGUCCCGGGGCGUUCCUGCUCCACUGGCUCUGCAGGCCUUCAGCUCAGACUCUGCUGUCACUGGUCCUUGGCCUCUUCCUCCCCCCCUUGUCUCUCUGCCCAGAACUGACCUGGAGUUCCUUGGGGCUCAUGCCCCCCACCCCCACUUUUACAAUGACAGGAGUCUCACUAUGUAGCUCAGGCUGGCCCUAAACUAUUUUGAAUUUGUGCUUGGUCCAGCCUCCUGUUUCAGCCCCUCCCUCUGCCCCCGAGUACUCUAAACACAGGAUAGGGGGAGAGCCCUGGCACCCCAAGAAAUAGAUGAUAGCUACAUUAGGCCAAGGGGUGUUGGUCUCCUCAUCCCGGUGAGACUUGAUUUGUACAUGGAGAGCUGGUCCAGUCCCUUUCUAGAUCGUACUGAGGUCAGGUAGGGCCUGGGGGCCUGGGGGGCCUGUUAUUUGGAGAUGACUUCUGGAAAAGGUCAAUAGUCAGGGAACUUGCCAGUGUGAGCGGAGGCCAGGCACAACUCCAAGUUGGAAAGACAGAGCCCAGAUAUCUACCUUGCGAUGGGGGACCUGCCCAGUGGAACACAAAGGCCUCUGCGACAGAAUCACAAACCCCAUGGCUGGCUUCCACAGGAGCCGAGGCCAGAGCCGGGCUCCUUCUGUCCAACCUUGCCUGGAAGCACAGGGAGAAAGGGAAGCUCUCCAGCCAAGCCUCUGCCCUAAUGCCGGGCGAGUGACUGCCCAGGGCUGGCCAGGGUCACGUUUGGCAGGACCACAGCCUCGUGGCUUUGUCCACCACAAGCUUCCAUUCGCAGCCCCCUGCCUCCCAGGGAGCGACAUGGGCCUAGCCGUCCAGCUCAUUACUGGUGACAGACAGGCAGGACCUAUCAUCACAAAGGAUCUUUCGGGACUCCUGUCCCAUUAGGAGUCUGUGAUACCAGGAAGUCCUGCUGCUCUGUCUCCCUGUCCCAAGCCCAGGGGAAUUUUUUUUUUUUUUUUUUUGGGAACCGGAGCAUGGGUUGACCUCUAACUUACCACAGGGUAAAGGAUGAUGAACUUCUGCCUCUAUCUCUUGUGCUGAGACUGACUAGAGGUAUGUACGUCCACGCCCAGUUUAGACAGUGCUGGGGACUGAACCCGGGACCUGACAUCCUCAGCAAGCAUUCUACCAAGCAAUCUAUACCCCUAGUGUGGUCUCUUCCGUCCUACUGGGUAAUGGGGCUGAGUUUAUUCAAGCCCCUGGGUAAGAGAGCUGGAGCUGCCCCUUGACCAGGACACUUAGGAUCUGAAGCCCCGUGUGGAGAUCAGGCAGGGCCUUUAUGAAGAGGACCCCUGGGCCUCCAUACACCCAGACACUUGUCCUGGGCCUCCAGAUCUCACCGACUUCACAUCAGCACGAGCAGAGGAACCUGAAAAGUGACCUGUCAGGAAGAAGUCAUGAUGAGCAGCACGGCCUGUGCCUUGCCUGUCACCUCGGUGACAACCUCCCUUAAAUGACCCGGACUGCCUAUUUUUUUCCCCUAGUUCCCUCAGAGUACUAAUGAAAUCGCCAGCUGUAUCUUAAAAUGAAAAGAUUUCACAGUCACUCUGCUCCGGUCCUAGGAACGGGUGCCUGGAGACCUGUGCCUUUUUAACACAAAUGCCUAAUAAAGAUCCAUGAGUCA